AUGGUACACAACUUCAUUGACGACGUUGGCGCCUUCGACCACAGAUUCUUCAAGCGGAGUCCGCGAGACGCUGCGUCCAUGGACCCGCAGCAACGCCUUCUAAUGCAGGCGUGCCAAUGUAAACCAUUCGACAAUUUAGCUGAUGGCUACUGUCGUGGCGAGGGUAUUGCAUGCGUUUCCUUGAAGAAGAUGUCUGAUGCAAUUGCGGAUGGCAAUCCGAUCUUCGGGUGCAUCUCUGAAGCACACGGCACUGGAACUCCUGUUGGCGACCCCGCAGAGCCAUUUGGGCAUACUGAAGGCGCCUCUGGAGUGAUAUCGCUUAUCAAGGAGCUUAUGACGAUGCAAGAAGGCCGGAUCCCACCGCAGAGCAGUUAUGCAAACCUGAGCCAUCAUACCAAGACAUCGCCCAAGGAUCUGAUUGAAAUACCCACUAGCUUGAAGCCUUGGAACGAGGAGAACAAAAGUGAAAUCAAGAUGGUACCUCCAUCCGGCGGCAAUUCCCUCGAAUUGUCUUCAUCGACAAUCCUUGAUGCCUUUGGGGAAUCCAAACUGACCACCGACCAAUUCAUGCGGGAUCGCAAGGUAGAUGGCUACGCGAACAUGUUCUUGCCGGGCUCGACCCAGCUCUGCGUUGCCUUGGUACUGGAAGCUUUUGAAAAGCUUGGUGUCUCCAUUGCCUCUAUUCCUGCCGGUGAACCGGUCCCGCGCGUCAGCCAUGUUCCUCAGCAGGCGAACCUUGUGAACUAUCUGUACGAGAUGCUCGAGAAUGACGGGCGGUUGUUUGACACGAAAGGCAUGCAGCUCAUUCGAACGGCCAACUCUCCGCCUAAAAGGUCCAGCCAUGUAUUGCUGCAGGACAUACUGAAGAAGCUACCAGAUUGGACACACCCUGCCAAGUUAGCUUACUUUUCUGGAAAGGCUUUGGCCGACGUCCUCCAGGGGAAGACGGAUGGCAUCCGGCUCAUCUUUGGAACAACCGAAGGCCGAGAACUGGUGACAAAUCUGUACUGCUACUGCACAAUGAAUCAUACACAUUAUGAGCUUAUGAGAGACUUCCUUGGUCGGCUGAUCGCAAGGAUAAGCCUCGAUAAUGGCCCUCUCAAGAUACUCGAAAUGGGCGCCGGCACUGGCGGUUCAACCAUGGCCUUCGUCCCGUUCCUGGCUCAGCUCAACGUCCCCGUGGAAUAUACCUUCACCGACCUUUCUCCAUCCAUGGUUGCUCAAGCGCGCCGAAAAUGGAAGAGCUAUUCAUUCAUGAAGUUUGCCGUACACGACAUUGAAAAGCCUGUCGCGGAAGGGCUGCGCGGCCAGCACAUUGUGAUUGCGAGCAACGCCGUGCAUGCCACGCAUAACUUGGAAGCGUCCUCCCGCAGUAUCCGAACAGCGUUACGCCCAGACGGAUUCCUUAUGAUGCUGGAGAUGACUGGUAUCGUACCAUAUAUCGAAUUGACGUUUGGACUUCUGGAAGGCUGGUGGCUCUUUGAUGAUGGUCGACGCCAUGCAAUUGCCUCGGAAACUCGUUGGGAAAAGGACCUCCAGUCCGCUGGGUAUGGACAUGUGGACUGGACCGAUGGCGCCAUGCCCGAGAAUUAUACCCAGAAGAUCAUUAUCGCCCUGGCGUCGGGCCCUACCUACGAUCGCCUACCUAAGGCUGUGGAGCCGGAGGCGCAAAUCAUGACUGACGACGUCGCCCGGGAAGCCGAGGUCAACCGAUAUGUAGCCCAGUUUUCUAAGGGCUUCUUGAUGCCCGUAACGGCAGCCUCCCGAACGGCAUCAACACCCCCGAAGGGACAGUGCGUCCUCGUCACAGGUGCCACGGGUAGCUUGGGAUCUCAUCUUGUCGAACAGUUUGCCAUUAAUCCCGACGUUCACACUGUUGUUUGCGUCAACCGUCGCGGCGGCGUUGAAGGCAAGACCCGGCAACAGCAAGCAUUGACCAACAGAGGGAUCAAGCUGUCCAACGAGGCGCAAUCAAAACUCAAGGUAAUCGAGACUGACACCGCCAAGCCGAAGUUGGGCGUCCUGGGGGCUGAAUAUGCCUGGCUAGUGCAACAUGUCACACACAUUGUCCACAACGCCUGGCCUAUGAGCGGCACGCGCCCCAUCAAAGCCUUCGAGCAACAGUUUCACACAUUACGAAAUCUAAUUGACCUUGCACGAGACAUUGCAACCCAGCGCCCUCGUCCAGACAUCAAGGUCCGCUUCCAGCUCGUCUCAUCCAUCGGCGUCGUCGGCCAGUACCCAAUCUGGAGCGGCCAAGUUUCAGUACCAGAGGAGCGUAUGGAGAUGAAAUCCGUCCUUCCCAUCGGCUACUGCGAGGCAAAGCUCGCCUGCGAGCGAAUCCUACAUGCCACACUCCACAAAUACCCCGAGCACUUCCAGCCCAUGAGCGUCCGCCUCGGCCAGAUCGCCGGCUCUCGCACCAGCGGCUUCUGGAACCCGAAUGAGCACUUCUCAUUCCUCAUCAAGUCAUGCCAGACCCUGAAAGCACUGCCCAACUUCGAGGGCAUCCUCUCCUGGGUCCCGGUCAAUGACGUCGCGGGAACCCUCAAAGACCUCGUUCUUGCGCCAGCUGAUCGCACCCCGUAUCCGACCUACCAUAUCGACAACCCCAAGGGCCAGCCCUGGCCGGAGAUGAUCGAAGUCCUCGCCGACGCGCUGGAUGUUCCGCGCCAAAACAUCAUCCCUUUCGACCGGUGGGUGCGGAAGGUCCGCGAAUCGCCCCUGUCCAUUGAUACCGAUAACCCUGCGGGCCGGCUGAUUGGAUUCUUGGACCACCAUUUCCUGCGCAUGUCGUGCGGUGGUCUCUUGCUGGAUACUACUCGUACAAGGGAACACUCGCCAACUCUUGCGGCACAGGGGCCUGUCAGUGGGGAGGUAGCGAGGAAGUACGUACAGGCUUGGAAGGCGACGGGGUUUCUCCAUGCGUGA